AUAUGUUUAACAUAAAGCAGGUGUUAUCAACAGUUCAUUGGGUUGUCGGGGUGGGUUGGUAUGAAGACCACCCUUUAUGGAUUCGUUGAUCAUAAUUAAACACACAGUUUCGUAUUCAACGCAGUUGCUUGAUCCCAAUCUCUAUACCAGUUCAUCAUUGGAAGUUAAAUAUAGAUUUGUAAUAUUACAAAUAUCUUCAAUAAAUGUUAAAUAUAAAAAGCAUUCAUAAAUAGUUAAGCGCAGUCCGAAGAUAAAUUGGUCAUGGUGAGCGUAACAUUUCGUUAUAAUGAACAAUUCCAGCUUGCAAACUCUCUGAUUCCUAUUUCGUUGAUCCUAUCUAGAGAUAAUACAUACACAGUAUACACAUCUCUGAAAUGUAUUUUAGUCUACGAUGCUCCCACCAUAUCGACAGUCGUCAACAGCUUCAUAUUGUCGUCUUGCUCAUAUUGUCGUCGGCGAGGAUUUGUACAUACAUGUACCCCCACGGUACAUAUUGUCGACCGUCGGCACACGCUGUGGCUCAAGACAAUAUAUGCCGAGACCACCAUUUUCCCCAAUUUAAGAUGAUACAAAUUGUCGUCGGCGAAACACACUAUUACAAUUAUUAAAUGCACAUAUACAUAAAGUAUCAGGCACCGACACAAUUUGAAAUAAGUUUGGAUUUUUUUUUUUUUUUUUUUUUUUUUGUUGUUGUUGUAGGUUUUGGCUUGUUUAUCUAUUUAUUUUGUUUUAUUUUAUUGUAUUUUAUUUAUCUAUUUAUUUUUAUUUAUUUAUUUAUUUAUUUAUUUUUUUGCUUGUGUGGAUUUAUUGAGAAGCCAAUACCUCCUUUGUUGAAAAAAGAUGUUACGUGUCUGACAUGGUAUAAUAUUUAAGGUGCAAAAUGUUGAUAUUCCCUCAAGGUUACCUUAUCUGUGUAUGUAUGCACAGGAAAUAUUUUUAACGCAACAAACGUGCUAUAAACUGACCUCCCGUGCGUAGAUUACCUCGUCAUAUCGUGUGUUAAGUAAACAGACAGAAAAAAACGUUCAUCAGUCGAUCACCGAUACACGCAUAAGAUAUGUAUUCACGGUAAUAGCGGAAAACGAAAAUCAAGAAAAUGCCACAUUCUAGAGACCUGGCUUUGAUGGGUAUCGGGGGAUUCACUGGUUUAUCCAUUGUAGCCUGGCAAACCAUGUUUCCUUGGCUAAAGUAUGACCUGCAAUUCAUAAAAACUGUCAUGAAUGUUGGCAAAAGAAUUGCAGAUGACGAAGUGAAUGAAAGAUAUUUAGUUCGUAUGUUUGAAGAAAGUGUUGCUAAAUACCCGAAGAAGACAAUGGUCAUAUUUGAAGACCGGGAAUACACAUACGAGUUUAUGAAUGAACAAGCGAAAAGGGUGGCCAAUAUUGCAUACGAGUGGAGGUUCAAAACCGGAGAGACGGUUGCCUUACUGAUGCAGAAUCACCCGGCAUUCAUCUGGAUAUUUUUAGGACUUCAGAAAGUUGGUCUCUGUGUUGCAUUAUUAAACCACUAUAACAAAGGCAGCCCGCUUCUACACACCAUCAAAGCAAGCAAGGCGCGGGCAGUCAUCGUCGGACCGGAGGCAGAACUGCACAAUGCCAUUGAGGAAAUACGACCAGAGCUUGAUAUUUCAUUAUAUCUGCAGGGCUAUUCGAAAGCUACUGUUCCCGACCACUACAUCUCCUGGGAUAAUCUCAUGUUAUUGUCUCCAACAGCUGAAAUCAGCAAAAGUGUAAGAAGCAGCUUCAAUAUGCGUACACCUUGUAUCUACGUGUUCACGUCAGGGACAACAGGUCUUCCAAAACCAGCCAUUGUGAGCCAAAAUAAAGCAAUUAAGAUGACCAAGGUGUUUUAUGCAGUUGGAGGGACACCAAAUGAGAUAGCCUAUAUAACUACACCGCUCUACCACAUGCUUGCCCUUUCGACAUUGUUCAGUGUCAUAGAAAUAGGAGCUACAAUCGUUGUCAAAGUCCAAUUUUCGGCUUCACAAUUUUUUGAUGACUGCAGAAAACACAACGUCACCUUUACCCAAUACAUAGGGGAGCUUGCCCGAUAUAUACUGCAUCAGCCCGAGAGACCAGAGGACGGAAAUCACAAGAUUAGAGUCAUGAUGGGUAAUGGACUUCGAGUUGAUAUAUGGGAAAAAUUUCAGAAGAGAUUCAAAAUUCCCAAGAUUAUGGAGAGUUUUGGAGCUACAGAAGGGACCGGCGCCUUUUUAAACACAUGGGGGAGAGUUGGAUCUUGUGGAAGAUUGUCACCAUUCCUCAAUGCAUUAGCUCCAGCCAAAUCAUACAUUGUGCGUUAUGAUCCAGAAACUUGCCUGCCUUUGAGAAAUAAGACUGGCCGAUGCAUUCCUUGUGAUAUAGGUGAAACCGGUCUCCUGAUCGUAAAAAUAAUCAAUAAAGAUGUGCUUGAGGAUGGAUUUUACCUGGGCGAAAAGGCUGCUAACGAGAAGAAAUGUGUCAGAAAUGCAUUUGAAGAGGGCGAUGUGUUCUUUAAUUUCGGAGACCUGUUGUAUGUAGACAAAGAUUACUUUUUGUAUUUCAAGGAUCGAAUAGGAGAUACGUUUAGGUGGAAAGGUGAAAAUGUGUCUACAAAUGAAGUAGCCAACAUUCUAACAGAGCUACCAUUUAUACAAGAUGCUAAUGUGUACGGAGUAGAGGUGCCAGGUGCUGAUGGCCGGGCUGGCAUGGCAGGGAUUCUAUUGAAAGAAAAUGUGAAAUUUCAACUUGACCUAUUACCGAAGAUUUAUAAGCACUGUGAGAAGAAUUUGCCGAUCUAUGCCCGCCCGCUGUUCCUCCGAUUCAUAAAAGAAAUGCCAUUGACCACAACUCACAAACAGAAAAAGGUGCACUAUGUUAAAGAGGGAUUCGACCCCAACAUCAUUGAUGAUCCACUGUUUCGUAUUUCUCCAGAGGCUAAAAGCUAUGUUCCCCUGACAACAGAUAACAUUGGUACGUUUUUAGCCAAGUCGCGCCUGUGAUGUGAACAUCGAAAUUACUAGAUUCGCAUUGACAUCUUAUGCUUUAACAGAUAUGUACAUCUUAUUACAGUGUACAUACAAGUUUAGUAUAAGAGCUGGGAAUAAUAAGUAUUUGAUUGUCAAGAGAUUUAAAUUUGUGUCAUAUGAUAUCUUAAUUAGUCCCUUAAUUAAUGUAGAAUGAUAUCGCUUGUGCGAUAUUAAGAGCAAAACAGGUUACGAUUUCAAAUGAACCACUAUGAUUAAUAUGCUUAUACUACAGCAAAUAAAUUUACAUUAUUCGGUUUAUUAUUCCCCGUAGUAGUGACUGUUAUAAGAAUUAUGCCAAAAGAGUAUCGUGAUACUGUCAUUUGUAUAUAUUAAUCUAUUUUAUUAAGUAUCUACAAUAGAAUACAGAAUGAUAGAUUGA